AUGGCGUCUGAGGACGAGUCAUCGUCAUUAGACACGCGUCACGAUGAAGAGGAAUGGGAGGCUCAAAAGGAGAACUUCCGACGUUGCUACAUCGAUCAAAACAUGACAAAGAACGAUGCCGCCGAAUAUAUGAAGAAACACUUCAAUUUCGACGCCACGCCGCGGCAAUGGGAGCGCAAGAUAAAGCAGUGGGAAUUCAAAAAGUACUCGAGUCGCGAUGAAAGGUUGCAACAAAUAGCUCAGACAGGUAAGACUAUCUUCGACAUUAGUCGUCCUGGUCGGAGGCCACGAUCACGGACAGAUGAGCGCGGCAACCUUCAUCCUUAUGAAGAUCGCAACCUGCGACGGUUUGCACGUCGAGAGGUCAGCAAGUCAAGAUCAAGAUCGAGGUCUCAUUCCUUCACAGGCGGCACGCGUCCUGACCUUCGGGACGAGCAGUCACCUGGGCCAUCCAAUGCGAUCGUAGAUCAGACAUACAACCUCCAGCUUUCCAAUCCCACGCUUCUUCAUCCACCGGCAAGUGGUGGUUUCAAUGUCGCUGCCACACCAGCUUCUGGCGACCAAGACGAGCCUAUUCAGUUGCAUUAUCUUCGUGAGGAGAAACCUCCUGGUUCCGGUGAAGGAAGCGACCCCGAAAUCCUUCUAACCGUUGAAAACAGCGACGAGCUGCCUUCCCUCGAGUUUUCUGACGUCUCUGGCCAAUUUGAUCUGGCUGGAGGCGAAAACCAGUACCAGAACUUUGGUGACAGUGGAUUGUCGUCAGAAGGCCUAGGUGUGAAUGGUCUACCGAUGUCGAAUGAGAAUGCUGAAUAUCCUCAUGCCUCCAGCAACUCUGCCUACAAUUACACCAUCUCUGAUCCGACAAUGCCAGCCUCCGCUGGCUUUGACCAUUUUUCUGUAUUCCAGAACAACAUUACAAUCCCUCCGGAUAUGCUGGAGGAGAAUUCAAUGCUGGAUCAGGGGAUGUUUGACUCCUCGACACAACUUCAACAGACACCCAAUGCGACAAGCACGUCCAACCAAAACAACCUGCCGACUUUCGCCAUUGUGGAUACCGACUCACAGUCAACUACAUUUCUUCCCAUGGCUGAGGAUACGACGCCUUUCCCCGAUUUGGCGACUAUUCCGCCAUCAGACCCAGAAUUUCCUGUAACAGAUGCUGGGCCAUUACAUACGGACGUCAUGCCACUGUUAGACGAGUACACCGCAGCUGUCCGCGCGACGGCUUUACGCUGUUUCACGGAUCAACCCUAUGGUGGCGAUCUUGACGCCAGGCUGGCUGCCGACCUUGAAUAUCCUGGGCAAGUCUUCAGGGCUAGAAUGGCCGUGAUUCUGGACAACUUUGCCAAAUCUCAACAGCGAGCUUUUCAGAGCAUGCGAGAUACGUGCAGCAAGCUUCGACAGAAGAAUGUAUUGUUGGAAGGACUGGUCAAGGAGGGAAGACAAUUCGAGUCUGACGUGUCAAGGCCUCAUCGAGCGUCACUUCCGGUCCAGUCUUCGGCUUACGGCAACAUCUACACAAAUGAUUACUGA